AUGGCAGUAGCAAGAUAUGAUAUUGAAAAAUUUGAUGGGAAAGGAGAAUUUGGCUUGUGGAAAGCCAAGAUCAAAGCAAUCUUGGGGCAACAAAGGGCUCAUAAGGCUGUUGAAGAUCCAACCAAGCUACCUACCAUAACAACAGAAGAAAAGAGGGAGAAUAUACAAUGUAUUAAGACAAAUUCCUAUAAGGAUGUUAAGACUGCCCUAAAGUAUGGUAGAGAGUUUUUAACAACUGGUAUAAUUAUUUCAGCUCUUAAAAUCAAAGAAAUGGAGCUUCUAAUAGCAAAGAAGAUAAACCCAAUGCUGAAGAAAAAUAAGCAAUCACAAUUACAGCCUCAACAGAAAAACCAGCAAAGUCAGUCAGGAGAAGCCUCAGUCUAUGAGGACUUCUAUUUCUAUUCAGAUGCCCUAGCUACAUUAAAUCUAAAAGCAGAUGAAGGAUCAGAUAAGAACCUAGAUUGGGUUCUAGACUCAAGGUGUUCUUUUCAUAUGACACCCCAUAAGGACUGGUUAAGCACAUACAGAGAUCUGGAUGGAGGCUCAGUAUACAUGGGUAAUAAUAACUCAUGUCCAGUAGUUGGUAUUAGUUCUGUGUCACUCAAGCUUGAAGAUAGAUCAGUCAAAUUACUAAGAAAUGUUAGACAUGUGCCUAAGUUGAAGAGAAAUUUGAUUUCACUAGGCAUGUGUGAUUCAAUUGACUGUGAAUAUAGAGGAAAAGAAGGCUACUGUGAAGUUUUGAAGAAUAGUUUUGUACAUCAGAACAAGGGGAAGUUGGCUGCCCGAGCAGUGAAAUGUAUGUUCUUGGGUUUCAUUGAAGGAUUGAAGGGUUUCAGAAUGUGGCAUCCUAUAGAAAAAAGGUGUAUUACUAGUAGAGAUUUCAUUUUCAGGGAGACUAAGAUGUUUAUGCAAAAACCUACUCCAAUUGUUACAACACCUCAAGGAAAGUAUGAUACAAUUGAGGUGGAGCAAGUUUUUAACACUACUACUGAUCCCUCAAGCUCAGAAUCUCAUUUUGAUCAACUACCUCAUCAUGAAGAAGAAGUAGAAGAUGCUAUUUCUGAUCCAGAGCAAGAGGAACUAAAUCUAAGGGGUUAUAGCCUAGCAAAAAAGAACUAUAUUGCCCCCUUCAAGAUAUGA